CCCUGGUUCUUGAUGAUUCUUGAUCAGCUGAAUCGCUUGCCGGCGCAGCGUCUGCUCGAUUAGGUCUGAUUCAGCGCCAGUUCUUGCGCGGAUCGCCAUGGAUUCUUCGGCGGGGUCGAUAUUUCUUGUCAAGGGCUCCAGCUUGCGAUCGAUGAGCCGCGGCAGCAGCGUCUUCUCGAUCGAGUCCGGCAGGGAGUACGAUGAGGAGGACGCAUUCAAAUGGGCGUCGCUGGAGAAGCUGCCGACUUACAAUCGCAUGCGCACGGCGCUGCUGCCCAGCCCCGCCGACGACGACGAGGCCGGCAAGUUCAAGCACAAUGAGAUCGAUGUCACUCGGCUCCAGGGGCAGGAAAGGCGCAUUCUUGUGCAGCGGAUUUUCAGGGUCGCGGAGCGCGAUAACGAGCGAAUGCUGCGCAAGCUGCGAGAGCGAAUCAAUUUGGUCGGGAUCCAAUUGCCAAGAAUUGAAGUGAGGUUUGAAAACUUGAGCCUGGAAGCCUCGGUGCACAUAGGACGAAGAGCUCUUCCCACGCUCUACAAUUUCACGAUCGACGCAAUUGAGAGCAUCUUACAAAUUCUCAACCUUUCAUUCUCCAAGAAGAAGCAGCUUCACAUUUUGCGGGAUGUUAGUGGCGUCAUCAAGCCCAGCAGGAUGACACUGCUUCUGGGUCCACCUAGUUCGGGAAAGACGAGUCUGUUGCUGGCGCUUGCCGGAAGGCUUGAUCCAUCCUUGAAGGUUCGUGGUAAGGUGACAUACAAUGGGCAUGACAUGACCGAAUUUGUACCGCACAAGACAUCAGCUUAUAUCAGCCAGCAUGAUUUACAUACUGCCGAGAUGACAGUUAGAGAGACGCUUGAUUUCUCUGGGCGCUGUCAAGGAGUGGGUACCAGAUACGAGAUGCUGUCGGAGCUCUCGAGACGGGAACUUAUGAUGCGCGUAAAGCCCGACGCCGAAUUGGACGCUUUUCUUAAGGCAACUGCAGUUGAAGGACAAGAGACGAAUAUUGUGACAGACUACGUUCUCAAGAUCCUUGCGUUGGACCUUUGUGCGGACGCUAUGGUCGGGGACAAUAUGCGAAGGGGUAUCUCAGGGGGCCAGAAAAAGAGACUCACAACUGGAGAAAUGUUGGUUGGACCUGCUAGAGCUCUUUUCAUGGAUGAGAUAUCCACCGGGCUGGACAGUUCAACAACUUUCCAGAUUGUUAAAUGCUUAAGGCAGACUGUUCAUCUCAUGGAUGCUACCAUGCUUGUCUCCCUUCUUCAACCUGCACCGGAAACGUUUGAGCUCUUCGACGAUGUUAUUCUGCUGUCCGAAGGUAGGAUAGUGUACCAGGGUCCUCGUGAAAGAGUUUUAGACUUCUUUGCUAUGAUGGGAUUCAAGUGUCCACAACGAAAGGGCGUUGCGGAUUUUCUCCAGGAGGUAACAUCAUUGAAAGAUCAACAACAAUACUGGGCAGACAGGACUCAACCAUAUCAAUACGUUUCUGUAGAUGAAUUCGCGGAGGCAUUUUCGAAGUUCAGCGUUGGCCAUCAGCUUUCCCAAGACCUUGCAGUUCCAUUCGACAAGUCUAGCAGUCAUCCGGGUGCACUAGUCACCUAUAAUCACGCGCUGAGCAACUGGGAGUUGCUAAGAGCCUGCUUGUCACGAGAAGCAUUGCUGAUGAAGCGCAAUAGUUUCGUGUACAUUUUCAAGACGGUCCAGGCAAGUUGUUGUCAUUCGGGCUUUUUUCUCAAGAGCUUACGUGGUCUUUUUUUUUUAAUACAGUUUGCAAUAACAGCAUGUAUAGCAAUGACUGUGUUUUUGCGCACCAAAAUGCAUCAUAGCACCGUCGGUGAUGCAAAUAUUUACAUGGGAGCUCUAUUCUUUGGAGUGCUCGCUGUAAUGUUCAACGGGUUGGCGGAGCUUGUGAUGACAGUUGAACGACUUCCCGUGUUCUACAAGCAACGGGACUUAAUGUUCUAUCCUGCUUGGGCGUAUUCCCUUCCUUACAUAGUACUGAGGAUACCAUUGUCAAUCAUUGAACCCGCCAUAUGGGUGCUUCUAAGUUACUGGGUUAUCGGUUUCGCUCCUGAAGCUACAAGGGUAUUGCAACACUUCAUUGUGCUUGUCUUCGCUCACCUAAUGUCAGGAGGACUCUUUCGAUCUCUAGCCGCCCUUGGACGGACCCGAGUUGUGGCAAACACAUUUGGCUCAUUUGCCUUGCUGAUUAUUUUUGUGAUGGGAGGCUUUGUCCUAUCUAGAGAAAAUAUCCCUUCAUGGUGGACGUGGGCUUAUUGGACUUCACCUAUGAUGUACGCCCAAAAUGCUAUCUCUGUUAACGAGUUUGAAGCAGAAAGAUGGCAAAAGCCCGUUCUUAACUCUACUGGUAGUAUUGGAACAGAAAUUUUGCAUGCCCGUGGACUCUUUUCCGGUUCUAGCUGGCUAUGGAUCGGGAUAGGGGCACUAUUUGGAUUCUCGAUCUUGCUAAACGCCAUCUUUGUUCUUGCCAUGACUUAUCUGAGAGCUCCCGGAAAACCUCAAGCAGCUGUUUUGGAAGAAGAAACGACGAAUGCGACCAUUUCUCGUCGGUACUCUGGAAAAAGCUCUAACCGCUACUCUCAUAGUCGUGGCAUUGAGAUGUCGAUUCGGGAUGCUCAGGAUAUUGAGUCGGGUGGAAUCUCAAAGCGGGGAAUGGUGCUACCGUUUCAGCCUCUUGCUCUAUCCUUCCAUCAUGUGAACUAUUACGUCGAUUUGCCAUCGGCAAUGAAGCAGCCAGACGCAGACACGCAAAGGUUACAGCUACUGCGUGAUGUUAGUGGUUCAUUCAGGCCGGGAGUUCUUACGGCACUGGUGGGAGUCAGCGGUGCUGGCAAAACUACAUUGAUGGAUGUCCUGGCUGGAAGGAAAACUGGUGGAUACAUUGAAGGUGAUAUCAGAAUAUCUGGAUACACGAAGAAGCAAGAAACGUUUGCAAGAGUAGCUGGAUACUGCGAACAGACAGACAUUCAUUCUCCCAACGUGACCGUGUACGAGUCACUGGUUUUCUCUGCUUGGCUUCGUCUGCCUCGAGUGGUUGACAGAAAAACCAGAGAGAUGUUCUUAGAAGAGGUCAUGGAACUAGUGGAACUUACUCCUCUGAAAGAUGCACUGGUGGGCUUUCCUGGCGUGGAUGGUCUUUCCACCGAGCAAAGAAAAAGGCUGACAAUAGCAGUGGAGCUGGUUGCGAACCCUUCAAUUAUUUUUAUGGACGAGCCAACCACAGGGCUGGAUGCACGGGCAGCGGCAAUAGUCAUGCGCACUGUGAGAAAUACUGUCAACACUGGGAGAACAGUCGUCUGCACAAUCCAUCAACCAAGCAUUGACAUAUUCGAAGCUUUUGACGAGCUUUUGUUGAUGAAAUAUGGUGGAAGAAUAAUCUACGCAGGUCCCCUCGGUCAGAAUUCUCAAAACUUGACAGACUAUUUCCAAGUAAGCAUUUUCAUCCACAUUCAGUGUUACUCAACCCUUUACAUUACAUUGCAGGCACUUGAGGGUGUCCCAAGGAUAAAAGAAGGUUAUAAUCCAGCAACAUGGAUGCUUGAAGUAACGUCCGCGACAGUGGAGAGCCAGAUAGGCGUGGAUUUUGCCGAACACUACAGGAAUUCUUCUCUUUAUCAGAGGAACGAGGCGAUGAUAAAGGAGCUCUCAGCCCCGGCUCCAGGCAGCAGUGACCUCGAAUUCUCGAGCACUUUCGCCAGAUCGUUCACGGAGCAGUGUGUGGCGUGCCUGUGGAAGCAGCAGUGGUCGUACUGGCGCAAUCCAACGUACUGCGCCGUGAGAUUGUUCUACACAUUGGCAUGCGCGCUGCUCUUUGGUAGCAUGUUCUGGCGACUGGGAUCCAACAGGAAUAACCAGCAGGACAUUCUCAAUCUCUUGGGAUUCUUCUACGCUGGUGUCCUUGGGAUUGGUCUCAACAACGCAUCCACGGUACAAUCGGUUGUAGAGAUUGAGCGCGUUGUGUACUAUCGCGAGAAAGCCGCUGGCCUCUACUCGGCAUUCUCAUACGUGAUUGCUCAGGUGAUUAUUGAGCUUCCUCACGUAUUCCUCCAAGCCGUGCUACACGUCGCCAUUACUUACCCCGCGGUGAAUCUCGAGUGGACGGCCGCCAAGUUUAUGUGGAACCUCUUCUUCGUCUACUUCUCCUUCCUCAUCUUCACCUUCUAUGGAAUGAUGGCCGUUGCUAUCACGCCCAACGAGCAGAUCGCCGCCGUCAUCUCCAGCGCCUUUUACCUCGUCUGGAACCUCUUCUCAGGCAUGGUCAUUCCGUACAAGAAAAUCCCAGUGUGGUGGAGAUGGUACUACUGGGCGAAUCCCAUUGCCUGGUCUCUGUACGGUCUCCUCACAUCGCAGCUGGGCGACGUAGAGACGCUCAUUGCGGUGCCUGGUGUUGGCAUGCAGUCCGUGAAGAGCUUCCUGGAGGACUACUUUGGCUUCCACCACGAUUUUCUCGGCGUUGUGGCGGCGGCCCACGUUGGAAUUGUUAUCCUGUGCAUCUCGGUGUUUGCGCUCGGGAUCAAGCACUUGAAUUUCCAAAACAGAUGACACUUUCCCUGGUGUAUAGAUCGAAAGAAAAGAAAUCGAUACUAACCUUUUGCGCUUA